CUAUUACAUAAUCUCAAAUCAGUUCAUUACGUAAGCAUAUUUUGGCCAAUAAGCUGUUCGAGAUUGAGCGACAUCUGCCUGUAUCCUCUCCACAAAACUAUACUGUAUUUCCACAGAAGAUCAACCAUGUUCAGAGCAAGUCGCGUAGUCCUCUCCGCUCUCAGGCCCUUAAAAGCCAGCACAAACAUCACUGGUCUCGCAGUCCACCCCGACCCUUUGCCGGCUCUCACGUCAAUCUACACUUCCACCCUCAGCUCUCUUUCCCAGCUUCCCGCUGCAUCUGUCUACAGACAAGCCACCGAAGCGCUAACCAAGUACCGACUGGCCAUUGUUGAGAAGGCCCAGGGAGACGUUGAGAAGGUGGAGAGCGAGUUGGGGUCGAUUGUCGAGAUUGUUAUUGAGGAGGCGAAGAGUGAGGAGGGUUUGGUUGUGAAGAUGAAGGACUGGAAGUCUUGGGAAGGGCUUAUGGAGGAACCUCAUCCGGGACAAUGGCGAUACUUCGAGCCUUUGAGCGACGAAUAGACCUUUUUGGAAACGAUAAUGAGAGGACGUUUGAUGCAUACUGCAUAGGGUUUACAUCAUCAA